AAACAAACACAUAUCACACAACACACACCCCCCACAGGUUGUUUGAUUGAGAAUUAUGGAAGGUGCAGAAGAAGUUGGAGUUGUGGGCGCAGAGAUUGAUACAAGUGCACCCUUCCGAUCUGUUAAAGAGGCCGUCGUCUUGUUCGGCGAUCGGGUUUUAGCCGGUGAGCUCUAUGCCAACAAACUCAAACAGAUGCAGGAUAAAGCAAGUGAAUAUGGCCACAUCCCUUUGAGGCUUGGAACUGUGACUGCUGAGUUAGAGGAGACAAAGCAAAGCCUUCAAAAGGCACGGGAAGAAAGCAUGCAAAUGGCAAGCUGCCUCUCUACUUUACAAGAGGAACUCGAUAGGACUAAAAUGGAGCUUCAACAACUAAUGCAACACAAAAAAUACUUGCUCGAUUUAGAGAUUAAUGAAGACCUCAAAUUUGUCAAAGACCCUACAAAAUUACAAGUAAAAAAGGAAACUAGUGAUGAAAAAAUUAAGUUUCAGAAAAAGAAAUUUGUGAGAUUUGCAAAUCCUCCAUCCGUUUCUCAAAUUUUAGUACCGGAACCAAGUGAUGAUGCUGUGCUCCAAAGGCACCCUUCUCUAAAGAAGAAGAAGAAGAAGAAGAAGAAGAAGCAAUUGAUCCCACUUAUUGGAAGGAUUCUUUCAAUAAUUAAGGGUAAUUCUGAAUAAGAACUCGUUGAAGUUUGGAGCCUUCUAUCAAGUUAAAAGACUAAAAUUUUUCAAUUUAAUUCCAAAGGCACAUAGAUAGAGGCCUACUUUAAUAAGAGAAAAUGAGUAUCAUGAAUUAAAGCUCAUCCUUCUGUUUUUUCUUUUAUUCAGUUCUAUGAAAGUCAGUUGUGAUUCAUUAACUUUUUCUUCUAUUUAGAAAUGGAUUGAA